UUAAUAUCAAGACCAGAACAGGGUGCGAGAAUAUUCAGCAAAAAAUUUCCUCCGUCAAAAUGAAGUAGGCUUAUUUUACACACAUCUUAACCCUUCCAAGUGGGUGAAUGUACUCGCCGAAAGAGAGAGAUGUGAACACUUGAAACUAUUCAUCAAGCUCUGGCACUGAUUGAAGAUCAUUUGUAAGAAGAAGAUCGUCCAGGUGACCUGUCCUGUGCAUCCAGUUUAAUCCAACUUCAGAAGGUCCCCUGGCGGGUAGGAAAGCACCACACUGACCCGCCAUGUUUCUGGUUCUGGUGGUUACAGAAGAGCUGAGGGAGUUUCUGGCCCGGGCACGGAGUGGAACCGGCCGCCUCGUCCAGGUGUUGAUCAGAGACGAGCAGCUGGUGCUGGGGGCAUACAGAGAGCCACGUCAGAGCUGGGACAAAGACUAUGACCACUUCCUGCUCCCUCUGCUGGACCCUCAUGAGCCCUGUUACAUUCUAUACCGGUUGGACACCAAGAACGCUCAAGGCUAUGAGUGGCUUUUCAUCUCCUGGUCACCUGACCAGUCUCCUGUCCGACAAAAGAUGCUGUAUGCUGCCACUCGUGCCACAGUAAAGAAAGAGUUUGGUGGUGGACACGUCAAAGAUGAAAUGUUCGGCACAGCCGAGGAGGACGUUUGUUUUCAGGGGUACCUGAGACAUGUGACUUCAUGUUCUGCACCAGCUCCUCUGACAGCAGCUGAACAAGAGCUACAGCGAAUUAAAAUCACAGAGGGCAGAGUUAAACAGGUAAAGACUGAGAUCAGUGUGGACCCCAAACAUCAGACUCUGCAGGGUCUUGCCUUCCCGUUACAGGCCGAUGCCAAACGCGCUCUACAGCAGCUGGCAGAGAGACGCAUUAACUACAUUCAACUAAAGCUAGAUACAGAGAAGGAGACAAUUGAACUAGUGCACACCAGCCCAACAGAAAUCCGUGACCUACCCUGCCGGAUCCCCCUCGAUACACCUAGAUACCACUUCUUCCUCUACAAACAUUCACAUGAGGGAGACUACCUCGAGUCUGUGGUGUUCAUAUACUCCAUGCCAGGAUACAGCUGCAGCAUCAAGGAAAGGAUGCUGUAUUCCAGCUGUAAGAGUCGACUUUUGGAAGAUGUUGAGAGGGACUUCCAUCUAGAAGUGGCUAAAAAGUUGGAGAUAGAUAGUGGAGAGGAGCUGACAGAGGACUAUCUGUAUGAUGAGGUCCAUCCUAAGCAGCAUGCCCACAAGCAAGCAUUCGCCAAACCUCGUGGCCCUGCUGGGAAGAGGGGAAACAAACGUCUGAUCAAGGGAGGUGGAGAGAACGGUGGCAACAGCUAGGAAGGACAGAAAGCAAGAAGAAGAGAGAAAUGAACUUUAGUUGUACCCUAAAUGUUCCCUUUUUAUGCCUGUUUGCAGGGUAAAUUGUUCAUCCUGCAGAGAGUGUGAAGGAAAAGUUGGAAUAUAGUUUUUUCUUUUUUUUUUUUACUUUCUUUGGCUUGUAUUACUUUUUACUCAAUGUUAUUAGGUGUUUAUUCAUUUGGUGUGUUAAUGUGCACAUAUUUAAGAGGAAAAACUCAGGAAUUAAUUUUAUCUGUACGUUUUCUGAGCAUAUUUUUGCCACAUAAUCUCAUACAUACGCACUCAAAACACAAUAUAAUUUUAAGCAUAUUAAAAGUGUUGAUUGUGAAACAUGAUAGAUCGCUUAUGCUUUAAAUGUGUUUUUUAAAAACAUAAAAUACAUUUUAUCCAAGAAGCUUUUUUAAAAUUGAAGCAGUCACAAGUCCUACAGAAGCUACAGCCAUUAUAGGAAAAGAUACACUCAUACUUACACAUUCACACCAGAGCCAAAUGUGACACGCAGACAGAAUGUUAUACUUGGCUACGUGAUAGUUAGUCAGUUGGUUAAGUAACAGAUAUGUAGCAAGAAUCGGAUAUGUUAAAAGGUUCAGAUUUAGACGUGAUUCAGAUUAAUUUUUCAUUCAUUUAUUUAAAAAUAUGACAAUUUUUAUGUUUUAUAGUUACAGUUGGGUUUCUCAAUUUUUUUAAACAUGUCUCAUAUUUUAGUCAUUGACUUACAUCAUGGUCCACAGUAUCCACUGUCAAACAGGUUUGUGUGCAAACUGCUGUUAUUAAUCAGAAUAAUUCCAAAUAAAACAUUUUUGUGUCACAUAUCAAAAUUUUUCAAGCAUUGAGAAUAUGAGUGUCCAAUUGAGUGAAUAAUUCAGCAAAUAACAAGUGAAAUAUUUAAAAUCAUUCAUUGUCAGCAUAAAUAAAGUGUAGAGUUGUAUCAAAACAAAAACACAUUUUACUUGUUUUAAUGUAUUUUAUUUAUGGGUAUCAUGGUUCUCCUGGAUGACAUUGACAUGGAUAUUUAUUCUUUUUUUUUUUUUGUCUUCUUAUUCUUUUUGUUUUUGUGUUUGUGUUUGUUGGCUGGUCAAUGACUGGGUUGACAGGUCAUUUACAACAUGAUCUUAAUUAAAAAAAAUAAACGAAUUAUUAGUAAAUAAAAAUCUACAUCCCUCUCUUCUAUUGUUUAUGAACAUACUGUUGCAUAAAUAAAAACAACAUUCACUGAG